AUAUUCUUCACCGUCGCAUCGUCGAUCGUUUCGCUCAAAUCGCCCGGGACGCGGUGUGCACUUUUCUUUCGCUUGUGUGGCUACAGCGGCUUUUGUUCUUUCUUUUUCCCUCUCCCUCGCGGGCUUUUGAAUUGGCAUCAUGUCUGACUACGGUGAUCACGACGCUGGUGACAACUACGACUACGACCCCGCGGAGCAAUUUGACGACAAUGAGCCCGAGGACUUCCUAAACCCCGAGGACGUCGACGGCGAAGCCGGCGCCGAUGCAUAUGGUGACGACUCGUAUGCGCCCGAGGUCAACGGUGACCGCGUCGUGGUAUCGGGCGACCCCAAUGCCGGUUACUCGGGCAAGGUGAUGGAACAGGCGCGGGAAAAGAAAGUGCCGAACGAAGAGCGCACGACGACUCCCUACAUGACCAAAUACGAGAGAGCGCGAGUCCUGGGUACUAGAGCUCUGCAGAUCAGUAUGAAUGCCCCGGUGUUGGUCGAUCUCGAGGGUGAAACGGAUCCUUUGCAAAUUGCUCUCAAGGAAUUGAACCAGAAGAAGAUCCCUCUGAUUGUGAGGAGAUAUCUGCCUGACGGAUGGUACGAGGACUGGACAUGCGAAGAAUUGCUUUAGAUCCGGGGACGGACUGGGUGGCUGUAUAUUGAAAAUUGGGUCCCUUUAUACUCUAUUUUGUAUGUUAUUCUUUCUAUUUCUCUUAAACGGCAUAGCGUGUGGAGUUUGGGAGUAGGAAAAACAGACCGUAAUGGCUCCAUCGGCCGCUUUGGUCUUUGCGAACGGGGAAAAGAAAAAAACUCAAGACAUAGCGCAAUGCAGAAUUCUAGAUAAAAUCAAGAAAAAAAAGUUUGAC